GAAGGCCUUGACACAGGAAGCUGGGUCACUGUAUCGGUUGCGCUGCUACGUGUUCGGACAAGGCAGGAAGUUGACAUGUCACCGUUGCUGCAUCGUUUUUUACUCACUGAUUAAAAAGGGCUUAGCUUUAUUAGUUGCUGAUACUGCUGCAGAGCAGUAUGUUGCCGACGAGUUCCGUGCCGAUCCACCGGAACGGCAGUCUGAGCGCGCGGGAUGCGGCCCGGCACACGGCCGGCGCCAAGCGCUACAAGUACCUGCGGCGACUGCUGCAUUUCAGACAGAUGGAUUUUGAGUUUGCCAUAUGGCAGAUGCUCUACCUGUUCACAUCACCGCAGAAGGUUUACCGCAACUUCCAGUACCGCAAACAGACUAAAGACCAGUGGGCCCGGGACGACCCGGCGUUCCUGGUGCUGCUCAGCGUCUGGCUGUGUGUGUCGACGGUGGGCUUUGGUCUGGUUCUAGAAAUGGGUUUUGUGGAGACGUUGAAGCUGUUGCUGUGGGUUGUUUUCAUCGACUGCGUCGGAGUCGGAUUGCUCAUAUCUACACUCAUGUGGUUUGUCACAAAUAAAUAUCUACUGAAACAUCCCAGCAGAGAUUACGAUGUGGAGUGGGGCUACGCGUUUGACGUCCAUCUAAACGCUUUCUACCCUCUCCUGGUCAUUCUGCACUUUCUACAGCUGUUCUUCAUCAACCAUGUUGUGGUCAUAAGUUCAGACUGGUUCCUGGGUUAUUUUGUGGGAAACACCUUGUGGCUCAUUGCAAUCGGUUACUAUAUUUACAUCACAUUCCUGGGCUACAAUGCACUUCCGUUCUUAAAGAACACCGCGGUGCUUCUGUAUCCCUUCGCUUUGCUCGGGCUCCUGUAUGUUCUCUCCAUUUCGCUCGGCUGGAACUUCACUAAAGGACUCUGCUGGUUCUACAAGCACAGGGUCCAGUAAAGGACAGCAAAACACAUGAUGGAAAGUGUGUUGUCGCUCUUGGGACUUUAUGAUUUUUGUAUAAUCUGUAAAUAUCUGUUUGGUUGUAGAGGAAAAGAAUUUCAAUUGUUUACGGUGUCAUGAACCUUUUCUUUUUCUUAAUUUGAGACCCAAGCCUCAUUAAAUGUUGUGACAUGGAUUUGAAAACGCAAGCUUGGGGAAAAGUUUCAGUAUCUUAGAUGAUGCUGCACUGUUUACUUGUGAAAACGUGUACAAUAAAGAUAUUUUUAAAGAAA